CCCGGAGCACACGGGCGCUUGGACCGGCUCCACACGGUGACAUCAGUUUCAUCAGGGAGAGAGAGAGCGAGAUGCCUUCCGGUCCCGGCGUGGUGGCAGACCAGGCGGCGCCGCCGCGGAGCCCUCACCGGGGCAACGGCGCCGUCAUCAUGCCGCAGAGCCCGCUGCGCAUCAGGCAGGACGGCAAGUUCUACGAGCGGCUGCUCACCAAGGAGAGCUCCGCGGCCAACCUGUCGUUCCGCUACUACUGGGCGGAGCCCGGGGCGGUGCCGUUCGUGUGGGAGUCGCAGCCGGGCACGCCCAAGGACGUCGCGCGGAUGGCCGCCGGCGCGCUCCCGGCCAUCACGCCGCCGCCGUCCUACCUGCUCCGCCACGGCAAUUGCGGCGGCGGCAGGCAGGCGGCGCGCCACGACCAGAAGAGCGGCAAAAGGCACAAGCGGCGCUGCAGGCUCAGGCGGAUUAGGAUCGGCUUCAUCGCGGGCUUCUUCCGGAGGCUCAGCCUCGGGAAGCCGUGGCGGCGGUCGGCGGCGCCGGUCAAGGUUUCCUCCUCCUCCAGCCGCUGGCUCUUCUCCUCGGUGGCCACGGAGACAGGCGAGCACACCCUCCCCCACCAGCACGACGAGAUCGCCGCCGUCGCCGCGCACGCGACGACGAAGCAGCAGCAGCACAAGCCCGCGCCGUGCAGCUUCCCGGCCCCGUGGCUGCUGCGCUUCCGCAGCAGCUCCGGCAGCCGGGGCGGCACCCACGGCUGGGCGUAGAACGGUCGCCCUCAAGGGUGGUGCCGCACUGCCGCCCGGAAGGGAAUCAAUCGCAAGUCAGAAAGUGGUUUGUUAUGGUUACGAAAGACGUUGACGGUUGUGUUCGUGCGGAGACUUUGUUUAGUUGUAUCUCCCCUUCUCCAGAAAAGCCAAAUGUUUGGUGUUGCCUAGCGAGUUCUGCGUGAAAUUUUUAUUCCUUUUGUGUUCAUCGUGCUUACAAAUGUUGAAGUUCACGAGCUUGGAAUGUCUCGUCGGCGUCGUCUAGCACGCGUCUCAUGUUCAGAUAGUAUAUAUAUACCUCCACUACUGCUGUGCUUGUGCAUGAACU